CUCACUUCCUCCUGGGAGUUGUGGAAGUGAAACGGCAGACGCGCCCUCGCCGGAGAGCUGUGCCACACCAGAGACAUGGGAGCUGACGUGCUGCGCGCCUACAAGGAUGAGCUGUGCCAGUGUCUGUGUGCCGACGUGGAGCUCCUCCUCGCCAGUGUGGCCGACGACAUCUCGGGCAGCGAGUACAGACGCGUCUCCCAGACCACUUCAGAUGGCAAGGUGGCCGCCAUGCUGGACGUGAUGAUCCUCAAGGGCGACGACAAGUGCCGCAAGUUCCUACAGACAUUGAUGACCAUCCAGGGAGACAACCCGACUCUGCGGGCACUGCUUCGGGACGCACAGGUGACCAGUGGCAGCUGCAUGAAGCCUCCAGCACCCCCGAGUGGCAUUCAGCACUGUGCCCUGGCAGAUGAGGGAAGCAAUGUGGUGGCACCUGUCAUCAGCACAGCAGCAGCAGUCAACAUACCGGUGACCAUCCAGCGGGUGACAAAGUGGGACGCAACGGAAAGCCAGGGCACUCGCUGCUCGGGUCCUCCUCAGAUGUCCCAGGAUGCACAGCAAGGCUCCCGCUUCAUAGUGCAGGCAUUCAGAGGAAGCAAUGCGGUGGCACCAAUGCUGACAGCAGGGGGUGGCACCAUCAACAUGCCCAUCAUGAUUGGUGACUGGCCAGGCCCUCGCCCCCAGGUGGUCUCAUCAGAAGAAGGUGCCCUGGAUGAGCUUGAGUUUCUGCGGAUGCGCCUUCCCCAGCUGGCACAAAGGGUGAAGAACGUGGAGGCCAUCACAGAUGAGUUGGGUGCUGCCAGUUUCAGCCCAGAGGCCAUCUCAGACAUCAAAGCCCAGCGCACAGCCGAGAACAAAGUCAGGGAGAUGGUGCGCUAUGCCAACAACCGGCGGGCAGCCCGCGACCUCUACCGGGCACUGCUGAGCCAUGAAUCACACCUGAUGGCAGAGCUGGCAUGAGGCCCAUGCCACUA